CAUUCCCAAUAAUUCGCCGACCUCGUGAUUUUGUUAUGGUAAGUGUUUUGAUGUUAAUUUCUUGAUUUUUACCACUUAAAUGUUCCUUUUUUUUAGGCCACUCCAAGCCGGGUUGAGCCGCGGAAUCCUUCCAACGAUGUAUGCGCCGGGGCGCCGACCCUGACCUAGCGCGUCCCGGCAGGCCAAUAUGCCCGGCCGUCGACCCACCCCUUUCCCUUCCCCCUCGCCGCGGCUCACCGCUCUGGCUGGUCGUCCGAAUUUGGCCGUGGACUCCCAGGUAAGUUUUGGGUUUAAAUAUCUUUUGCUAACUCGUGUAACAACUCACCGUCUGCCCUCCAGAGACUCCGGCUGGCUCCAGGGGACUCACGCUGCACGUCGAACCCACUCCGUGUAUGUUGCUGGACCGCCCUCUGACGGACGUCCACUCCUUCCCCGCUACCCCGCGGCUCCUCGUCCUGUGGCAUACCACAGGCUGGCCGUGAGCGCAUUGCCACAGCCCGCCUGCUUAUCUGCAGAUCGCCCGCCUCCACCUGUCUUCGCCGGACCUGAUGCAGCCGCCGCUGGAUUAUUAUUAUUUAUAUAUUUUUUUAUGUGAUUUAUAUUUUGAUUUUUGUGAUUUUGCGUGCGCGGUUUGUGACUCCACCGAAAUAUAUUCGUGCGUGUUCGUGGUGUCA